AUGUGGUGCGCGCUGCUCUCCGCGCUCGGUUCCGCGGCGCUGGUCGUCAAUGAGCAGACCAUCCCUCCCGCCUGCGCCUUCACUCUCUCGUCGAUGUCUGCGACGAUCAACGCCCAGGCUGCGGGAGCCGACGGGUGCGAGGCGCGGGCGUGGCGGAUAGCGCCGGGGAAGUCGCUGGACCGGAUCCAGUUUAACACGUCGCAGUCCUACUUCGAGGGCACGGACACCCUGGACUUCUUCGCCGUCGAGUCGGACGGCCAGCUGCGCUCGCUCACGCAGCACAGCCAGCCGUUCAGCGCCUCGAACCCGAUCCCUCCGGUGCUGUGGCUGACCCAGGCAACGGACGAGGUGGUGCUGGUGCUCGACGCGCCGUCGGGCGGCUCGAGUUUCAUCAUGCACUACAGCUGCACCGCCGUCUCCGGCUUCCUCCUCCCCGAGCUCCUCGACCUCUGGCUUGCGAUUGCGGCGCUCAUCUUUUGCAUCUGCUGCUCCGUCACACUUUGGAUGUGGUGCCUGCGGCGGCGGUACCAGCGGAGGACGCGUGCGACGGAGAGCAUGCUGGUGCUGCACUCGGAGCUCAUGCGCCGCCGCGCAGAGGCGCGCGGCGAGCUUUUCGCCGAGGAGCAGGAGGCGGAGAGAGCGCGGACCAGCUCACUCAGCGCACUGCCCGCGGUCGCGUACCUCGAGCACCGCUCUUCGAGCCAGCGCCUCUCGAUGGUCUCGUACCACUCGCAGGAGGGGCUGGGCACCCUCCCCUACCCCACGGACGAGCUUGUGACGGCAGAGCAGCGGGCAGGUGACUCGGCCGAGGAGGGCGCGACGGCGGCGGCGGCGACGGUGGCGGAGGAGAUGGUGGCGGCGGCGAGGGCGGUGGAGGCGAGGGCGGCGGCGGUACAGGGGGUGGCGGGCUCGGCGGCGGUGGCGACGGCGGCGGAGGAGACGGAGGCGGCGGCAAGGGCGGAGGUGGACUCGGCGGCGGCGGCGACGGCGGCGGCGGUGAUGGUGGCGGCGGGGACGGUGGCGGAGGCGAGGGCGGAGGCGGCGAGGGCGGCGGAGGCAAAGGCGAGGGCGGCGGCGGGGACGGCGGCGGGCUCGGCGGCGGCGGCGAGGGGGACGGCGGGCUCGGCGGCGGCGGCGAGGGAGGAGGCGGGGAGGGAGGAGGCGGGGAGGGAGGCGGAGGAGACGGCGGAGGCGGGGACGGUGGCGGAGGAGAGGGUGGCGGCGGCGAUGGAGGCGGUGGCGAGGGCGGCGGCGGGGACGGCGGCGGCGGGGACGGCGGCGGCGGGCUGGGCGGCGGCGGGCUGGGCGGCGGCGGGCUGGGCGGCGGCGGCGACGGCGGCGGUGAGGGAGGCGGCGGCGAGGGCGGCGGUGGUGACGGCGGCGGCGGAGAUGGUGGCGGCGGAGAGGGCGGCGGGCUCGGCGGCGGCGGGCUUGGCGGCGGCGGUGACGGCAGCGGCGGCGAUGGAGGCGGCGGCGACGGCGGCGGUGGUGACGGUGGCGGUGGGCUCGGUGGGGGCGGUGACGGAGGCGGCGGGCUCGGCGGUGGCGGUGACGGCGGUGGCGGAGAGGGGGGCGGCGGUGAGGGCGGCGGCGGCGAGGGCGGCGGUGGUGACGGCGGCGGCGGAGAUGGUGGCGGCGGGCUCGGUGGCGGCGGGCUGGGCGGCGGCGGCGAGGGCGGCGGCG